GUGCCGGUUUGCGUUCAGUCCAAGCUGCUGAUAAGAAACGCAGGCCCCUUGUUUCAGAUUCCAGGCUUUCAGGAGGAUUCGAGAAGGCGAAGGCGAAGGCGAAGGCGAGGAGCAAGCUGUACUGCAUACAGACUUCGGAUAUGGAGGACCAGUUCCAGGAUGGCAAGGAGGAGGUCAUCCAAGCAUGGUACAUGGAUGACAGCAAAGAGGACCAGAGGCUUCCUCAUCAUCGCGAGUCCAAAGAGUUCAUUCCUCUAGACAAACUCUCAGAACUAGGAAUAUUAAGCUGGCGCCUAAAUGCUGAUGACUGGGAGAAUGAUGAGAACCUCAAGAAAAUUCGUCAAGCCAGGGAUUACUCUUACAUGGACAUUUGUGAUGUGUGUCCAGAGAAGUUGCCAAACUACGAGGCUAAGAUAAAGAAUUUCUUUGAAGAACACUUGCAUACUGAUGAAGAGAUACGCUAUUGUCUUGAGGGUAGCGGCUACUUCGACGUGAGGGACCAAAAUGAUCAGUGGAUCCGUAUAGCAGUGAAGAAAGGGGGCAUGAUUGUUUUGCCUGCAGGAAUGUAUCACCGCUUUACAUUGGAUACAGACAACUACAUCAAGGCAAUGCGUCUCUUUGUGGGAGAGCCUGUCUGGACGCCAUACAAUCGUCCCCAUGACCAUCUCCCUGCUAGGAAGGAGUAUGUCGAGAGAAUCAUCAACCGAGGUGGAAACCAAGCUGUUGAAGCUCGUUGAGUGUAUACUAGCGUCUCUGCAUGUUUGCCUGUUGCGAGGUGGAAACCAAGCUGUCGAAGUUCGUUGAGUGUAUACCAGCAUCUCUGCAUGUUUGCUUCCAGUCUGCCUGUUGCGCUACACCCUAGAAGUACUGCUGAAUAAGAUCUUCUACCACAAUCAGCGCAUGCCACCAUCAUGCUCGUGUGCGAGUCAAUAGUUUGCACAAAACCUAGAUAUUUGUAAUGUGAAUAAUGUGGCCUUUGAUGCUUGUGCACAAUGAUUGGCUUGAGGAGAAGGAUGCUUGAAUUCCUCAUAGCAACUCUCCUCUCGGCCUGGCGUGGUUCAACUGCUGACUAACAGUUUUUGUCUGCACCCGGUCAAGGUCAUUCUCAAAGUAGCACGACCAGAUCUCCGAAAUGAUGUAAUCACAGUACAGUCCUACUUGAUCACCAAAACGUCAGUGCAGAUUGAUGACA